CGUUCCUUCAUUCCAGCCGUAGCUUUCUUCCCGCAAUGCUUUGCGGUCGGGAAGACGUCAGUAGAAAUCUGUGCAGUAUGUUAGAUCCCGAGGACAGCGCGGAGCCCAAAAUUGGUUCUUCCUUCCCUAAAUUUUUCCUGCUCCCUCUAGCCAUGCUAAUCGUCGUAGGAGCCCUGCUGUUCUUGGCCUUUUCCGCCUCGGAACAGAAAGAGGACAAUUUUUACUCGUUUAAAGUGGUCAACAUCAGGGGUAAAUUAGUCUCCCUGGACAAAUACAGAGGCUCGAAACAUACUGAACUUCUAGCGAAAGAUUUGGGAGUAACAUGGAAAAUACAAAUAUAUUUCAUUCAAAGUGACAUCACUGUAAUGAAUUUCACAGAGAAGCAUGGUUCCAAAUACAGGCAGGUAUCGUUAGUUACCAAUGUUGCAAGUGAGUGUGGGUAUACCGACAGUCACUACAAAGCCUUACAAAAGUUGCAGAGAGAAAUUGGUUCCUAUCAUUUUAAUGUGCUAGCAUUUCCCUGCAAUCAGUUUGGACAGCAAGAACCCAACAGUAAUAAUGAAAUUGAGAGAUUUGUCCGACAAACAUACAGCGUUACAUUUCCUAUGUUCAGCAAGAUAGCAGUGAAGGGCAUCGGGGCAAAUCCAGCCUUUAAAUUUUUAAUCGAAUCUACUGGAGAAGAGCCAACUUGGAACUUCUGGAAAUAUCUGGUAGAUCCAGAUGGAAAAGUGGUAAAAGCUUGGGACUCUACAGUCACUGUUGAGGAAAUAAAACCUUAUGUGAUCGAACUUGUGAGGCAACUCAUUCUGAAGAAAAAAGCAGAACUCUGAUUAUUUUUUUAAAACACACAUUUUUAUAUUUUUGUUUUUGGAUCAUUGUUGUAGGUCUUCAUAUUGCCAACUGAUAAAUAAAUUUGGAUUACUUGA